AUGGUUGGGGACAACAUGGGAAUACUGGCCCAAGCUACAAAUUAUGCGACCAAAACUCCAUUUAGGGACGCUGAAAGAAAUUUCAAAUCACGUUUACCACCACCGAAUUUUAGUAAUGUAAUUGAUUUUGAUAAUAUCGAUGGUUGUAGUGUAGAAAUUAAAAACAAAAUUGUUCAAGUAGAUUUAAGUCAUGAUCUAGGUAAAGAAGAAUAUAAGGAAUUAUUUGGACAAUUUGAUGAAAUAGAUGAAAAAAUAGAUUUAAAUCGAAAAAAAGCAUAUCUAAUUAGAGAUUUUCCUGGAUUUAUAUUUAUUCGAAAUCCAUUCACACCCGAGGCACAAAAAUACGUAAUUAAGCGUUGCCUUAAAGAUUUUGCAAAAUAUCCUAAUAAAUCUAAUCUUGAUACUCAUUAUGCUUUGCCUAAAGAAGGAAUAUGGAAACUUCAUGAAAAAGUAUAUAAUGGUCAAUUGAAUGAAAAUGAUAAAUUAACGAGGAAACUUAGAUGGAUAACAUUAGGUUAUCAAUAUCACUGGCCAACCAAAACUUAUCAUUUAGAUCGUCAAUUGAAAUUUCCGCAAGAUAUUGGUAAUUUAACAACUGCAGUGGUUAAAGUUAUAGAUGGAAUUAAAUUACCGGAUGAUGAUAAUUUUAUACAUAAAUAUGAAGUGUCAAAAUGGAAACCUGAAGCGGGAGUAAUUAAUUAUUAUCAACUUAAAGAUAAUUUAAUGGCUCACGUUGAUAAGAGUGAAAUAAAUAUGAAUAUCUCGCCUAUAGCAAUAUAUUUACGCAGUGGAGAUAUUUCAAUAAUGUGCGGAAUUCGUCGAGCAUGUGUCCCACGAAUUCUCGAAGGUACUCUUCCAGAAUAUCUUAAAUCCAAUAAUUUGAAAGAAGAUCCUGAAUGGGAUAUAUAUGCAAAUUACAUGUUAACGUCACGAAUUAAUAUAAACGUUAGACAAGUAUUUUGA